UGAUACACAACACAAACAACAUUUUACAAUUUCAACACAAUAUAAUGCAAAACUAUUAUUCAAACCUUGAUAUCUGUAUUAUUAUUUAAUUUUUAUUAUUUAUGUGUUACAGUAAGUGAGAAAUAAUUAUGUGAUUCACCUUACAAGUUCAGUUGCCUUUAGUGAAAUACAUAGUCCUACAUUUAACUUAUCUUUAUUCAGUAAGGCCUAGUAAUAAUUUAAAUAGUGUUAUUUUUAAAACCUACUAGGCCUAGGCCUAUUAAAUCAAAGUGUGAAUGUUAAAAGGAAGUUUUUAGCUAGAAAUUACGUUAGGCUAUGUUAGCUUAAAAGAUUGUGCUUUUUGCCUAGCCUAGGUUAUAUAACUUACAUCGCUAACCUUUGCUUAUUAAUAAUGAACAGGUUAAUUCAAAUUGAAAGUGUUAAUCCAGAGGAAGAUCAUCCAAUGACUGAAAAUAAUGUCAAUUUUCUUCCUUUAGAGGUUAUAAUUCACAUAAUGGGAUUUCUUCAAUACCCAGACCGAGUUGUAGCCAGUCAAGUUUGCAAGAUUUGGUACGAGGCCUCUCUCCAUCCAAAAUUUAUCAAUCAAGAAAAGGUGGUUAUCAAAAAAUCACCAGAAGCAUUUUCAAUCUUCAAAAACUCAUCAAAGUCAUAUUUUCACCUUAUUUUGAUAGAACUUGAAAUAAACCAUAAAUUGAAAGGUUUUUGGGAAAAAAUGUUACCGAGUUUGAAAUCUCUUUGUUUUGUAAACUGUGAUAUGUACGACAAGACAUUCAUUGAAAUCUUACUAGGCUGUGUGAAUUUGGAAUCAUUAGUAUUGGAUAAUUGCCGUGAACUAUUCAUGGCUGGGCGACUGCUAGAAAGCGCUGCAGAUGUAAGGGCUGUUUGUACAGUUCUCUGUCAGUUGAAAGAAUUAAAUCUUAACGCUAACCGUUAUUUAUCCGAUGCACUACUCAACCGACUUAUGGCAGUCAUACCCAAAUUGGAAUCAAUCUCUCUUGAAGGAUGUCAGAUGUCAUACCACGCAGGGCUAUAUAAGAAAUAUUAUCCGGACAGAUUGACUGUUGAUAAUAGCGAAUACGCUUCAGAAACAGUGCUAACAUUUUGGAACUUCUUCAACUUUAUUAGUAAAAGAGUUAAUGUAAUUAAAAAGGUAAAUUUAAGCAGAACGUUAAUUGAUAGUAACGCAAUAUCGUUACUAUCAGAGCUUGACCAACUUGAGCUGGAUGAACUGUACGUUACGUCGUGUGAACAGCUGACAAACGCAGCAAUUCAUGCAGUAUCCCAACAUCAAAAACACAUUACAGUGUUGGACGUCAGUUACUGUUCAAGAAUCACAGACCAAUCGCUGUUGUACAUCUGCAAUGAUAUGGCAAAACUGAAAAAGCUCGCUGUAAGAAACUGUCGAGCGAUCACAGACAUCGGUAUCACUCAGUUGAAAAAACUAAAACAUCUCGAAGAACUUGACAUUUCCCAGUGCGAGCAAGUAACAAACGAAGGUAUCAAAGAAGGGUUGUGUUCUGAAAUCAACUUGAAGGUCAGGAAACUAUACAUGGAGGGGUUGAAUACUGUAACAAGCCCUGUUAUAAUCCUGAUGGCUAAGAACUUACCAGAACUGACUCAUUUGAAUUUGAGCUACUGCUUCAACGCAGUCACCGACGACUCUGUACAAGCUAUUUUCCAGCAUCAGUUGAAGCUUCGGUCGUUGAGGUUGGCUAGUUGUGACUCUGUGACUGAUGCUGGGUUGACGGGGAUGGGUGUCAGUGCUUCUGCAGACGAAGCUGAUGUUGCUGCCGUACAAGAAACCAUGAGUAACGUAGUGAUAUCUCAGCCCAGGCCGUACAUAUCCCUACGCAGCAAAGCCGAGGAAGAGAUAAUCAAAGACGCCAAUAGGAAGAAAGCAGUCCAAAAGAUGUGUGAAGCUCAACUCAUCCAUAGCUCGAAUAUUGGACAUUCCUUAGUUCGGUUAAAAGGUCUUCAGGAUCUUGACUUGCGAUGCUGUAAUAAAAUCACAGAUGUCAGCCUCAAAUACUCGUUCCGCUUUUUAGAGCUGCAACAUUUAAAUCUUAGUCAAUGCCAGCAGAUCACAGAUGUUGGACUAGCUUCAGUUGGGGAAAACAACCCGAGCAUUGACACUCUCAACCUCAGUCAUUGCUACAACAUUGCUGAUGGAGGAGUGGUCGCUAUCACGAGGGGAUUGCGACGUUUGAAGUACCUCGAUAUCAAAGGUUGCAAUCAACUGACUGAUGCCUCAGUUUCUGCCAUUGUCAACCACUGUGGUCAACUGCGCUACUUGGACAUAUCACAGUGUACAAAGAUGUCUGAGAAAGGGGUGGAGAUGCUCAAUAAACUUCAUCUGCAGACCCUGUACAGUGGGAGGGACAUGAGCGGGGCAUCCGCACCCUCGGCUCCCCCCCUCCCUCGCUUCUGACACUGGAAUUCUCGGAUACCCGUCUACUUGUCCAUCUAUCUAGUCAUCGUAACCAUCAAGAUAAUCUUGUAUCAUGCCGACAGUCUGUCGUACCAAGACAAAAAUGUUCACAGGCUUUAAUAUUCUUUGGGAUUUUACGGUUGGAACUGGACAAAGUUAAAGUUGUGGACAGAAUGGAAUUGAACGCAGACAAAUUGAGUAAAAAAUAUACAGACACUUUUUAAACAGGUCAACUUGGAGGGAAAACUUAUCGUAAACUAUACGCCAAGCUUCUGUAAUGACACAACUACCGUAGGCUUGUAUAAAAGGUUAGAGAAAAAUUGUAUUUUGACUUUGGCACAUUCUGAGAGUGGCUUAUUUAACUAUUUUCUACUUUUAAGAACAACAUGACUAUAGUUUCUCCAUAUAGAUGAUGUCUACCUUAUUGUCCAAAAGUUAAUGGUUAUAUCAAGAAGAAAAAAAUCUCGGGUUACUUGAUUUGGAUUCCAUCACUAUUCUGAAAUUUGGCACAAUGUUUUAUAUUUUAAGAGAUUAAUUGCAUUUCAACCAUAGUCUACAUAACAUCAUGUAAAUGUCAAUUGAACAUUUGUAUAAAAAAUUUAUAUUUUACUAACAAGCAAACAAAUUAAUGUACAAGACUCUAUCAAAAAGAUGGAGACCAGUAAAAUAAUAUUUGUAUUAAUUUUGUGUAAGAUCUUAAUACUUUUUAUACUCUUCAUUUAAAUGGUGACCAUACAAAGUAGGUACAGUAUUCAUAUUGCGAAUAUGACUAAAAGUGCUAAACUUACUUCAGUACGUUUUGAUUGGCUUUUAGGUUUUCCUUGUAAACAUUAUAUUAUUAUAUAGUAUAAGUAUGUAUAUAAUCAUAAAGUACAUAAUUGAUUUGUUAUUUAUUUAACAUACCCUUAUAUUUAAAACAGUUUCAAUCACUUGUUACCAACUUAUUUAUUUUGGGUGAUAACUAUAUUUUGUUAGACUCUUAUUAUAUUGUAUGUAUAUCAACAUAAAGCACACAUUUAUUUGUUAUAAAUAUAUCUAAUGAUAAGUUUAAAUACAUUCAUAAAACAUACCCUUAUUUAUACCUGUUUCAAUCAUUUGUUACAGUAGACCCCCUCUUAACCGACCCUAAUGGGACCGGACCUAGGUCGGAUAACUCAAAAGGUCGGAUAAAACGGGCAAUCCCUAAAAUCAUAACAUAAUGAAGUGCUAUUCAUUUGGAAUUAUAUAAUCAUUAUUUUGAAGUCAUACUUGCAUUAUUUAUAAAAUAAACUAGGCCCCUACUCUUAUCUCCUUUUUCAUAUUGAUAGAAAAGUCACAAAUAAACACAAAACACAGUUAAGUCAGGCCUACUUUCAGUGGAAUAUAUUAUUAUAAUACUAGGCAAGAGUCAAUAAAAUUCCUAUUUUAAUAACUUUAGUACUGUAAUGUAUUAAUUGAUGCUUUCCAAAUACAUCUUAAUACAGUACAGAACCUUUUGUCGACAUUAAAGAUACAAGCGACCAUUUUCAUUUUGUUACAAGACAGGAUGUUUAUUUAUAGCCUCUCACUGGAGGCUCGAGGCACAAAAACUAUCUUGACCUUGGAGUUGUUAACCCCCUUUCCCUGCCUUCCUUACAAGUUGCGUUGUUUGUUUACUCCGGCGAUAAGAUAAUCAGUUCUCAAAAUCGUAACGCACUUUAUGAUGUUAUAAAUUAGCCGCACAGAUAACAAAUCAGAUCAGAUGUGCUCGAGCUACGAAUGAUGAUGACAAACUGACAAUUGGCUAUGCUAUAUUUUUUGUGCUCAACACAAAAUAGCUUAUUGUUAGUCAUAUCCUGUGGAGAUAAGCGUAUGGUUCAGUUCUCAUCGCCCAGCGUGGGAGCGGAAAUGCCGAGAUUCCUAUAAAGCGGCGGUUAAACCGAGCUGCUCUCAAAUUAAGGUCGGUUAAAACAAACUGUAUUAUUUUACGAUCGAAGGCGGAUAAUCCGAUUAUCGGUUAAUACGAGGUCGGUUAAGAGGGGGUCUACUGUACUAACUAACGCUUUAUUUAUUUUGGGUGAUAAAUAUAUUUUGUUAGACUAUUAUUACAUUGUAUGUAUAUAAACAUAAUAAAGUACAUAAUUGAUUUGUUAUUGUUUUAUAAAUAUAUAUCUACUGUUAUGCUUAAAUACUUUCAUAAAACAUAUGUUUAUUUACACCAGUAUUUCGUAGUUUAUUUUAAAUUUAAGUUAUAGCUUUUAAUCACUUGUUACCAACUGAAGCCUUAUUUAUUUUGGGUGAUAAAUAUAUUUUGUUAGACAAUGAAUGUACAAAUAUGGUGGAGGCCAUUGUGAUAUAACUGUUCUGUGAGAGUAUGUUGAAUAAAUGUUCAA